AUGCAUUCAACUGAUUCAUCGCAUUUGACACAUGGACGUCAUUUACGUCGAUUAUCGUUGGUUGAAGAUUAUAAACUUCAUCUUCUUACUGCAUUAAUUAAUGAAAUGCCAUGGUAUGAAUCGAAACGAAAUGACAAGAAACGUUUUUACAAGUCGACGAACUUUCUUGUGGACUUACAUUCGAGAUUUAUGAUCCAAACAGCACAAGGUGUCAAGUUUGAAGAUCCAAAGUAUUGUCAAUACCAGAAAAAACUUGAUAAUUUGAAAGCACUUGCAACAUGUGCCGACACUUCUUCAAGCAAUGCUUUACUUGCGCAGAAAGCACUACGAUAUCGCAAUAAGGCAAACUAA